AUGGCGGAAGCAUUGCAUGAGAGUGAAUGGAACUGUGAUCGUGUAUGGUAUAUUGUGAAGUAUACCACUCCAAGAACUGAAGGAUUUCGUAAUUUAACAAAUGGUGAAGAUGAAGUUAUAUUCGAUUCUGAACCAUUCACACAAUGGAGCUUCGAGGUUCAAGCAGCGAAUCCCAACGGUGAAUCCCAGUGGACAAGACCUGUUGUCACUCAAACUCAAGGGACAGCACCUGGACCCGUAUCCGACUUUCGCAUCUAUCCAAUGUCGCCGGAUUCGCUGCAACUCUCUUGGAGACAACCUCAGAAUCCAAACGGAGUUAUUACUGGAUAUGAAAUCACCUAUCAGCUGCUGUCCAAGUAA